AUGUUUAUCAAUCAAACAAAACGUAUUCUUACACAGCCACAAACAACUUCAUUCAUACUAUUACUAUUAAAAAAACAUAAGAGUUCAAUAUCACCUAAGUUAACUUCAAGUUAUUUUCAUCAUGUUUCACCACUUCCACUACAAUAUAAAACAAUAAGUCAAAGUUUCGAUGAAACAGCUGAUAAAUAUCCUGAUCAUGAAUGUUAUGUGUUCAAAAGUGAACAAAAACGAUAUACAUUCAAAUCAUUUAAACAUGAAGUUGAUAGUCUAGCUGCAUCUCUUCUUGAGUUAGGCUUUGAAAAAAAUGAUCGAUUUGCUGUUUGGUUACCAAAUACUUCACAAAAUGUUGCCAUGACUUUUGCUGCAUCUAAACUAGGUCUUAUCAAAGUUAACAUCAAUCCAGCAUAUGUUGAACGUGAACUUGAAUAUUGUAUAAAUAAAGUUGGUUGUAAAGGUUUGAUUCUUUCACCAUCAGUUAAAACCAUUCCGUCAUUAUCAAUAUUUCAUCAGCUUGUACCAGAACAUGAUCAAUCAUCAACAAGUCGAGAACUAUCAUCAAAAGCAUUACCAACACUAAAAUAUGUUGUUCUCACAGGUGAUGAAUUAUCGACAUCAGGUGUUCAUUCAUAUAAUCGGUUGAUUGAACAUGGCUCAAAACUAUCACAUGAAAAACUAAAUGAACGUCAAGCAUCUGUAAAUCCUGAUUCACCUCUAGCAAUAUUUUAUACAUCAGGUACAACUGGUCAGCCAAAAGCAGCAACAUUAACCAACUUUGGUAUUCUUAACUUGGUUCAUGCUCAAUGGAAUUUGUUUGAAAGAUUCCUUACUCGUCUCUGUGUUCCAAUACCAAUGUUUCAUAUUUUCUCAGAAGUAGUUGGUGUUCUUAAUGUCGCUGUAGCAAAAUGCAAGAUUGUUUUUCCAGCUAUUCUACCUGAUACAGUUUCAACCAUGCAAGCAAUUCAUGAAGAAAAA